CCCAUUCACCUCACUUUCGUUUCGCGUUUGCUUUCCUCUCUACCUCGAAUAUUCACUCACACCGCUUUUACUUGUGUUUGCUCUCAGCUUACGUCAAGAAUUUCACGCCUUCCUCAGCUGUCCCUUCCAACAUCGUUUGUCCACCACCCGAACGCUAUUAACCUUCCGAAUCUGGGGGAAUUAAUUCAUCCUUUCCCUCCGUGCUCCUCGUCGAUUCUUGCAUGAUCCCACUAUGUCGACGAGGGUGACCAGGAGCUCGGCUGCCAAGCUCGCCACAGCCAUUCAAUCGACUCCAGCGAGGAAAGAGCCAGUGCAGCUCUCAGACCCUUCCGCAAGCCCAGGUUCAUCCAAGAGUAGGAAACGACAGAACAUCAAAACAGAUCCUGAAGCCGUAGAUAGACCUCUGACUAAAGCAUUUCCAACCCCCAAGGGCACUCGAAAACGACCUCGAGCGGCAACCCUCAAGGAUGAAGACGUGAAUGGGCUUCCUCACAAUCUCAGCAGCAUCCAGAACCUUCUGCCUAGCACAACGGACAGGGAAACCGGUUCCCCUACAAAGAAACCUAGGAUGUCCCGCAAAUCUGGCCCUAGUACUCUGCCAAGGGAGGAUGAUGUUAGUAGAUUAGGAGUUAAGGCCUCUGCCAUUCCCGAGGCUUCUCCAAAAAAGUCGAAAAACAACGGCUACGGCCUGACCCCCGGUCGAACGCCGUAUCCAAAUUGGCCUCAUCCUACGACUGAAGAAUGUGAAGAGGUGACUCGCCUCCUCUCUAGCAUCCAUGGGGAGGUUAAACCACCAAAGGAAAUACCGAUGCCUUCUUUGACAGUAUCAGGUUGCGGUGAAGUACCUUCUGUCUUGGAUGCUCUUAUUCGAACUCGCUUGUCAGCCGCGACAUCGGGAACAAACUCCAGUCGUGCAUUUGCAGGGCUAGUGGCGAAGUUUGGUAUUCUUCAAACAGGCGUUGGUAAAGGCAGUGUUGAUUGGAACAAAGUGCGUCUCGCCGACACCAAAGAAAUUUUCGAGGCGAUCAAGAGCGGAGGUCUGGCAGAUGUCAAGAGUAAGGAUAUCAAGAAAAUUCUGCAGAUGGUUUGGGAGGAAAAUCAAGCCCGUGGUGCUGCUUUGACCUCAUACUGCGAAGCACCAGGUUCACCAAAUGAAGCUCUUGAAGAUAAAAAUGCUGAAGUUGCACGAGCGCAGGAGAAUGUGCUCUCCCUUGAUCACCUCCAUCUCCUUUCCAAUGAGGAUGCUUUCAAUGAGUUGACCAAAUACCCUGGAAUUGGCCCAAAAACGGCGUCAUGUGUGCUGCUGUUCUGCCUUCAGCGUCCAAGCUUCGCAGUUGACACUCACGUCUUCCGCUUAUGCAAAUGGCUGGGGUGGGUCCCACCACCAGGUGAUCCUGCAGGAUUAGCACCAGGUGCCAAGGGCAUCUUCAUGGGACCAAACCGCAACUCGACUUAUGCCCACUGUGAGUUCAGGAUCCCGGAUAGUCUCAAGUAUCCACUUCAUCAGCUCUUCAUCAAACACGGAAAAACGUGCCCAAGGUGCAGGGCGAUCACCGGUGAAGGAAGUGUACGAUGGGGCGAGGGCUGCGUGAUCGAUCACCUUGUGCAGAGAUCUGGAGGGAGGAAGGAGGGUGUGGGUGCCAGUCCUUCGAAAGCAACUCUUGGACGCAAACCGAAGGGGAAGAAGAAGUCGAAGGAAGAGACAGAGAGUGAGCUAGAGAGUAGUGAACUGAGUGAUCUUGGGAGCGAUGAUGAAGUUAGCUAAUAUGCUGCCAAUUGAGCUCAGCUUGCAGAGAUAUUUUAUUGUAGUAUGCGGGUGAUUCGAAGACCACAUCUAGAAGAUUCGCAUUUGCUGCAACGAGACUGUAGAACAUGGCAUAUCAGGCUGCUAAUUUGGUAUGGAUUUUUUCAGUACAUUAUAGGUCCGAUAUUGAGUUCCGAGUAUAACAUUCC